AUGAGAUUUGGCCGCUCAUCGGUGGCGGCGGCGACACGUGAGCGCGACGAUAUGAUGCAACACGUUACGGUACAAGCGGCCGGAAGCGUCGGCGUCCCGUCGGGACGAAAGCACAGCACUCGACACACGCACACGACCAGCGUCCGUCCCGCGUAUCGCGCCCGCAGCGCACGUGUCCCGACAUGUCCACCCCACACCUCCCCCCUCCACCUCCGUUCUACCGCUCCUCCACUUCGCCUCCACCUCAAUGUUCCAAUGAAUCGAAUCUGUGAUGAUCGAAAGUUC